AUGAAUGAUUUUGACAACACUCCCGAAAAAUCAUCAAACUUGAAAGAAACACGAAUUGAUAUUUCCAUUCCAAGCAUUUCAACAAUUGAUUUCAAUUCUAAAGCUUUGCCACCAAUUCGAAGUCAAGGAGAACUCGAAAGAAUUGUAAAUAACAUCAAGCUCCAAGAACAAGAAAAGCGUAAGAAACUAAAAUCUCAAAUCGAUUUAGAGCGAAAAACAUUAAAUAAUGAAAUGUCUGUUUUAAUUAACAAAAUAGCGUCAAUGCAGCAGCUUAUUGAUAAGGUUAACAUUGAGAAAUCUGAUUUAAUACAAAAUAUGAUUGAUAUUAAGAAGUCUUGCAGUGAAAAAGAAAUUAUUAUUAACGAAUUAAAGCAUAAGAUGGAUUCUAAUGAACAAAUCGUCAAAAUUAAGACAGAAUAUGAGAAAGAAAAUACAAAUCUCAGGCAAAAAAUAAUCAAACUCAAACAAAAAAAUGAAAAUUUGGAAAAUACUACAGAAAUAUCGAAAAAGCUACAAAUUGAUACUCAACUAGAGAAUGAAUCACUUAAAAAUGCGAAUUUACAACUCCAAACAGAAAAUGAACAAAUACAUAAAGAAAAAAACGAAAUUUUACAAAAAAACGAACGACUUCAAUCAGUAAUGAAGCUAGUAACAGAAGAAAUCCAUGGAUUAGAGAGCGAAUGCCAAAAUAAAGAGAAAUUAAUUCAAAAUUUUCUCAAUAAAAUUUCAAAUUUUGAGGAAGAAAAGAAAUUGAUAUUUUCGAAGUAUUCAGAUGUAAUAAUCCAAUAUAAAAGUUACAAUUCAGAUCAUGAAAACGUUAUUAAAGAAAAUGAAAACUUAAAAUCAGAAAUUUCAAAUUUGAAAGAAGAAAUUCGCAAAAAAGGAAUUGAAUUUGCUAAUAACGUUGAUAAAUAUCAAGUUCUAUCACGGAAUUACGACGAUUUAAGGAACGAAAAACAAUUAUAUUUUGAAAAUAAUAAUAAAUUGAAACAAGAGCUAGAAAAGCUGACAAUUAAUUACUCAUCAUUGAACAAGCAGUUUAGUGAUCUAAAAAUUGAAAAUUCAUCUUUAUUUACUUCAUUUUCAAAUUCAACAGAAAAAAUUAAAAGUUUGGAG